AAUUUAAUGUGAUUUUUGCUCAUAACAUAAAGACAGCACAGACAGACUCAUAGGAUUCUUGAUAUGGCUCAAACAAGAAACGAGGUAACCAUUACGGAGAAACUUUUAGCGACGAAAUCAUCCUCGUAUUCUACCAAUCUUUGGGACUGUGGCAGCACGCUCUACGAUUCAUUUGAGCUCAACUCCUUCAAUCGUCAACUCCACUCCGCCAUAGCUAAAUCCCCUAUAACUAGAACGCUUUCCAUGCCUCACUUACCGGAGCGUUCGCUUCACGCGUUUCCGGUUCAGCCUCCUCCACCUUCCAUCGCCAUGCCACGAAAGUUCUUCAACUUCUCUCGCUCCUUUCACAAACUCAUUCGCUCCGUUUUCAAGUCCUACAAUAAAACCUCCACCACCAGUUUCAGUUUCCAAGUGCCGGAGAAAUACUCCAAAGAGCGCUUCUACGUGGUUUAUGAUAAAUCUGGAACUGUUCUCUCCACCAUCCCCGAAGUUCCAGAGUUUGAGAUCGGUGCACUCUCGCCGGAGAUCUCUUCCCACGUCAGAAGGUCAGCUUCGGAAAGGUUAAUUACCACAAAUCGCUUUGUUUUAGAUCUUAUUUAAAUUUUUUUUUAUUUCGCUAGGAAUUUGAUUAUUUUCAAAAUUGAUUCAACCGAAUGUCAAUGUCAGUGGUUAAGCUGUUUUCGUUAAUUAUCCUUAAUAUUGCGUGGUAUUAUACUUGUUUUAAUGUUAAUUAACUUUAAUACUUGUUUUAAUGUUAAUUAACUUUGACAUGGCGUCGUAUUGUACUUGUUUUAAUGUAUCAAAUAGCAUACGUGGAGAUUUCUGUUGCAAUGCUGGCGAGCCAAUUUUUGUUUGAAUUAGGAUGUUUGAUGUUUUGUUUGUAUUUAAUGUUUCAACUCUGAACAUU